UCGGCGUCACGUGACCGCGCGAGCCAAUAGAAACGCUACGGUUGAAAUAUCAUUAAUGGUCGCCUUAUAAAGUAUAUAAAGAGCGAGCAAGCUUGUGUUUUACACACUUGUCGAAGUGCUUAUUUUCGCAGACCGGAGUCUUAAACCUUUAUAAUGUCUCAGUCAACUGUAACAGAAAAAAGGACGGUGAUCACCUCUAGCUCAAGCGGUGGUGGCGGUGGGUAUGAGUCGCUUGAAGACAUACCAUACAAGUCAAACUUUGGAUCUCGAGCAUCUUCCAACAUCCUAAGCCGAUCAUCACUUCCGCUAAGAUCCAGCAGCGGUGGCGGCUCUUCCAUCGUUCGCACCGUUGAAUACGGUUAUGGGUCCCACAUGGGUGGCAUGGGAGGCAUGGGACCGGGCGGGUAUGCCAAUGUCUCGAACACUGGUGUAACAUCCGUGAAGACCAACAGAGAAAAAGAAAAGAGAGACUUACAGGACCUUAAUGAAAGAUUUGCAAACUAUAUCGAAAAAGUUAGAUUUCUCGAGGCUCAAAAUAGAAAGCUGGGUUCGGAGCUGGACGAACUGAGGUCAAAAUGGGGCAAAGAGACAAGCCACAUCAAGCAAAUGUACGAGGCAGAAAUGACCGAAGCCCGACGACUCAUUGAUGACCUCAGCAAGGAUAAAGCGGCUCUUGAGAUUAAACUGAGCAGCAUCUCCGAGCAGAAUGCCGACCUUAACAGACAACUCGAUGAGUCCAAGAAAUACCGACAGCUCGAUCGGGACACGAUCAACAAACUUAACCAGCAAAUUGCCGACCUUGAGAGUGAGUGCAACAUGCUCCGCAGAUCAAUGGAAUCCCUGGAAACCGAGAGACAGAGGGACAAAUCAACCAUCAACAGACUCCAACAGGAAGUUGACAAACUUAGAAUUGACUUGAACAAUGAAACACUGGCUCAUCUUGAUGCCGAAAACCGCCGACAAACUCUUGAAGAGGAGAUGGAAUUCAUGAAGAAGGUCCAUGAACAGGAACUUAAAGAACUUGCCGCCCUCGCUUACAGAGACACAACCGCCGAGAACCGUGAAUUCUGGAAGAGUGAACUUGCCCAGGCCAUCCGUGACAUCCAACAAGAAUACGACUCCAAGGUCGACCAACUUAGAGGAGACAUGGAAGGUUUCUACAACCUCAAGAUACAAGAAUUCAGAACUGGGGCCACCAAGCAGAACAUGGAAGUGACCCACGUGCGAGAAGAGAACAAGAAAUUAACAAAACAAAUGUCAGACAUGCGAGGAAAACUUGCCGACCUCGAGGCUAGGAAUGCACAACUCGAGAAGCAGUACAGUGAAGUAUUGCGCGAGCUCGAAACCAAGGAUACUGACCAUAUGAUGGAGUGUACCCAACUUAGAGAAGAGAUUUCCAAACUACGAACAGAAAUGGAAGGCAUCCUUACCGAACUUCAAACGCUCAUGGAUGCCAAACUCUCGUUGGAACUCGAGAUCUGCGCAUACAGGAAGCUGCUGGAAGGCGAGGAAAACAGGGUGGAUUGGAGGUCUCGUGCAAGUUUGAUAAUGUACCGAGAUGCAUUCAGGCCUUCAUAUGGGCGUACUGACCAAGAAAAAUCAGAAAAAGCAACAAAAGAUGAGGUCGUAUCGAAAGUUGAAGAACCAGUAACAUCAUGUGAAAUUGUUCGACCUGUGUCUAGCGUUCCUGAACCUCGGGAAGCUAGUCCUGACACUGAUGCUGCAAGCUCUAUAACAAUGUCAGAUCACGAGGAGUCACCAGAAGGUGAAGUCCUUACUGAGGUUGCAGACGAUAGCGAAAUUAAAGUGACUUCAGACAGUAAACCCGACACUAAUGACACUAAACCUGAAUUAGAAACCGUUAAAAAACUAGACACAACAAGUAAUGAGCAAAUCGAAGACGUUAAAGAAUCAGAAUCAAAACCUGAUACCGAUAAUGUUGAAAUUGACCCCCCUGUUGAUCACGUAGUUAUUGUUAAGGAAGAAAUUAAGAAAAUCGAAAAAAUGGCAAAUGAUCAAAUAGACAGUGCUGUUAAGUCCCCUGAUGAUGAUGAAAUACAAUCACCAGAAAAAGAAACAUCAAAAGAAGAAGAUAGCAAAACUGAAAUCGAUGCUCAUACAGGUAAGAGUGACGAUGAAAAACUUCCUUCAGAUUAUAAAAGCAUAUCAUCUGAGUUAGAAACUGAAGUUAAAGAAGAAAUUAAAAGCGAACCAACUGAACUAAAAACUGAUUCAAAACCUGUUCAAUCGGUAAGUGAAGUUGAGGAACAAAUCAUUGUAUCUGAAGUUUCAAAAGUAGAAGAGAGUGUUAAAGUAGAAAGCGAAUCUGAGAAAGAUAUCAAAGAAAUUAAGACUGAUGAUGUAAGUAAAGAUAAAGACAUUGAAGAAAUUAAAUCAGAUGAGCAACCUGUGUUAGAUAAAACUGUAAUUGAGGAACAAGUUAUUGAAUCUGAAGUUUCAAAAGUAGAAGAAAGUGUUCAGUUACAGAGCGAGCCUGAAAAAGAUAUAGAAGAAAUAAGAACUGAAGCGGAUGUAAGUAAAGAGAAAGACAUAAAAGAAAUCGAGUCAGAUGAACAACCGGUAUUAGAUAAAGGUGAAGAAUCUGUACCUCCUAAAGAAGAAAUUGAAAAAUCUGAAGAAGAGAAGAAAACUAUUGAAGAAGAUAAAUCUAGCAAUAAAACAGAAGAAACUAUUAAAAAUGAUGAUCAAGUUAAAAUUGAAACUGAACUUAAGUCUACCGAAAGUGUAUCUGAGUCAAUCCCUGCAUCUGAGGACAAGAAAGAUGAAAAACAGUCGACCGAAUCUUCAGAGACAGCACAAAAAUCUCACGUUGAUGAAAAGGCUACAGAUGUAAAGUGUGAAUCGGCAUUACAAGACGAAUCGUUAUCCUCAAAGGACACUGAUGAAACAUCAGAUAAAAAAGAUACACAAAUUGAAUUAACUGAUCAAAGUAUUACAACAAGUGCUUCUGAGGACAAAACUGAAUCGAAAUUAGAUACAAAAUCUGACGAUAAAGUUAAAACACCCACUGACAUUCCCUUAACAAAUGAAAAAACUGAAAUUAUUACAGAAAAAACUGAAGAUAAACUUUUAGAAACCGUAGUAAAAUCAGAAGUUAUUGAAAAGCCUGAUAAAACUGAUACUGCCAUUGUUGAGACAUCUCCUACCAAGGAACUGCCUGAAAGGCCUAUAGCUGAAGAAGAUGUCAUGGAACAAAAAGAGGAAAGUAUUACUGUUAUCACAGAUUCGACAAAAAGUGAAGAGCAAAUAACUGUUUCUGAGUCAGCAACAGAUGAAACUAAAGGCUCACAGGAUACCCCUUUAGGCGUUGCAUCGGAAGACCAAAUAUCCUCCGAAACAGUUCAAGAAGAGCUUUCACAGAAGGAAUCCGAUACAGGAGAUGCACAGCUUGCAGAGCAAAAAGAGGAGAACUUACAAGAAGAAACAGCUGGAGAACAACCAGAAAGCAAGCAACAAAGCCCUUUAGAUCCUCCUGUAGAAAUGCAGAGUCCCAUAGAAGAAGUGACGCAGGGGGAGCAGAAACAGUCAGACAUAAAAGAUGUACAGCCUGUAGAGCAACAAGUAAGUGCCGAGACUAAUAUUGAUACAAAAGAUAUUAAAACUGAAUCAAGUCUUAAUGAAUCGAGCUCAACCGUUGUCAAUGAAACCAUAAUUGAAAAGAUAGACAAACCAGAAGAUGAAAAUAAAACUACCGAAAAUGAACCAGAAAAGAUAGAUAUAAAAGAAAUUUCUGAAGAAGUUUCUUCUAAACAAAGUGAAUCAGAAUCUGUAAGACCAGACACUAUUGAAAAAACUGACGAUAUAAAAGAAAUUCCCGCUGAAAGUUCAAAACAAGAAUCCAUUUUACCAAUAUCCGAAACGCCUACCGAUAAACAAGAAGCUGAUAUAACUGAAACUAAAACUGACAAAAGUGAAUCAGACUCAAAAGUUGACGAAGAAAUCGUUUCCACCAAAGAGAGUAAGACAGAAUCUGUAAAAUCGGACACUAUUGAAACUACCAAAGAAACUACAGAGGCAGUUUCUCAUGAAACAAAUGAAAAGUCUGAAGUCGUAGAUGAAAAUAAAAAAGACGAAAUUAGUGAGUCGUUGAGUAAAACUGAAAGCGAUGAAUCUAAAGAAGCUGUAUCUUUAAAAGUACACGAACCAGAUUCUUUGAAAUCAGAUACAACAGACAUAAAAGACGAAUAUAAAGAACAAGUAUCUUCUAAAGAGGAACCUGUGUCCGUAUCUUCAUCUGUAUCAGAUAAAGAACCUGAAAUUGAAAGUAAAACAGAAACAGAUGAAACACAAGAAAAAGUUGUUAAGGAAAUUUCAGAGGAAAAAUCUUAUUCUGAGCUAAGUGAAUCACAUUCUGUGAAUGUGGAAACUGUUGUUAAAAAAGACGAUGAAAUAACAGUCGAAGAAAUUUCAAAAGAGAAGGCACCAUCGCCAUCACCAACAUCUGAUAUUCCAGAAAAUAAAGAUGUAAGUAGCCCGAAAUCGGAUGAGUCAAAAAUUGAUUCCAAAAUUCAGUCUGAAAAAUCUGAAACAGAAUCGGUAAAAAGUGAUAAAGAUGUUAAGCAAGACGAACAAUCAAUGUCAAAAAGUGUGGAAGAUAUAAAACAAACAGAAAUUAGUUCAAGUGAUAGCGAAAUGAAGGAAACUGCAGAUUUAAAAUCAGACAGUAAAAUAAUUGAUACCGAACAAUCAAAAGAUUCUGGUAAGGAAGGCUCAAAAUUAGUUAACGGUGAAUCAGAAGGCACAGAUAUUGAUGUGAAGCCAGAAUCAAAAGAAGUCAGUGAAGAUGCAGACGAUAAGACUGUGCCAAAGCAGACAGAAGAGCCAAAGAUCAAUGGCGUGGAAGAAGAAAAAACCGACGUUGAUUCUAAGACUGAAACAACCGUUGAGAAAAUUGAGAAAGCACUUCUAAACGGUGACGAUUCCCAAGUUAGCAUGAAAAUGAUGAGAGGCGAAGUAUCUGCCAAAACCACCUACCAGAGGACGUCAACUGGCCCCAUUGCCAUCAGUGAAGUCGAUCCCAAAGGCAAAUUUAUCAUGCUUGAAAACACAUCAUCCGGACCAAACAGACGGGAUGCUAAAGGGAAAAAGUCCGAGGGCGUGGACGUCAACCUCGACGGAUGGAAACUGAAACGUGUUGUUGAUGGCAACAGGUCGUACACAUACAACUUCCGUAACUUUACCUUGAAGGCUGGAAAGAAAGUAAAGAUCUUGGCCCGCGGCUCUGCAUCAGAGGCAGGACUUAAUGACCUUGUGUUCAGAGAUGAAGACAACUGGGGAGAGGGUUCACAAGUAACAACAACUAUCAUCAAUGACAAAGACGAGGACAAAGCAAGCCACGUCCAGAAGACAUUGUACCACUAAAAACGUCCAACCUGACUAAUUGACUGUUGCCAUAGUAACUGUUUCUAAAUCGUGUACAGCAUUUUUUAGGAAAAAAACGUAACAUACGUUACAAAAACAUACCAAAGAAUAUUAUCAUAUCUAUCCAUGGAAAAAAACAAAUUUGAAUAUAAAAGAUACUUCAAUUAAUGACUAAACGAAUGAGAGGAAUAAUGGAAUAAAAAUGAAUUUUGAAAAAGAGGAAAAUUAACUUGGUCACUUAAAUGAAACAACAACAACAACAAAUGGUGACGGCAUAGGUUUAAACAUUAUUAUACACAUAUUUUAAUCAAAUGAUUUAUUUAUCAAAAGGUGCACGCAUUAUAUAUACAUGUUUAAUACACCGUGUGAGAUUAUCAUGCUAGUUCUAUGUAUGUGAUAAAUUAAUUAUUGCAGGAGAAUGAAUGCGAUAAGUAAAUUAUAGCACAUGGGCUUCGUAAACUUGAGUAUUAUAUGCUCUAUAUAGAUAUAUGAUAUUGCCUACAUAUAUAUCAUAAAAUACGCAAGUUUGUAACAGAGGUUACACUCUGUAAUGAGAAAGCCUGUUCUAGAAUGUGUUUUAUUGGAGUAAAUAUUUGAAGGGUGAUUCUUUUUUCAAAUAAAUAAUUUAGAACUGAAUAUAUCACUUUUCUAAAAGAUAUACGUAUAUAUAAUUGGAAAUUACCCACACGUUAGAUAUUAGAGUAGAAUAGAUUAAAAUGUUUGUUAUUUGUUAUAUUUAAUGAGGAUAUUCAAAUUGUUUACGCAUUUAUUCAUACGUUCAUGUUAUUCAUUGAGAGAACGGCAACGAAACUGAAUGGUCAUUGAUUAACAACUCAUGGAUUUUGCACGGGUUUCGCGCGUUCAACUGUGUUGACUAUACAUGUAAUCUAUAUCGGUCAAAAACUGGCCUGAUAACAUAUUUUUGAGGGAUGGCAAAAAAAAUACAUAUCUAUCUGUGUUAGUAGAGAGGAGAGGAAGGUGAAAACUAUGCAAGGUUGUAAAGAUGAAAACCCGUGAAAACCAUGCUGUGUUAAUUCAUGCCAGAAUUCCAGUAUUUGUUAGAUUUUACCACUGGUUGUGAUAGGCAUAUACAUGAGACUAUAUUUUGAGCAGGCAUUGCUUUGAGUUUUGUUCAUUUUUCAUACAUCUUUAUCAUUUUUUUCCGUAUUAUAUAGUUUAUUUAUUGUUUUGCUUUGCUUAUUAUUAAUAUUUUUCGUUUAAAUAUAUUUUUUAUUAAUAUCGUUGCUUUUUUAUCGUCUGGCAUCGAUCUAAAAAUAGCUUAUGUCCUUUGACAUUUCUGUAGAUAUACACGAGAUAAAUGAGUUAUACCAUAAACAUUACCAUGAUUUUUAACCAUACGCUGACCAUAUAUCGAUUCUAAAAAUAGAACUCCAGAACUUUAUAAUAAAAUAUUUAAUGUUUCUGUCCAUAUUUUAAAAAAAUAUGUCCAUAUUUUAAAAAAAAAUAUUUAGAAUUUAAGAUAAACUAUAUUAAUUCUUGGUGGGAAAUUGUACGGGCAAAUACAUAUUCUGCAAGGACAACAAAUUCGAAACGGCGGCCAUUUUUUAAAAAUAUUUUUACAACGUUAGACAAUAUACCGUUUUUUUCAUGAUAUGGGAAGUGUAUGGUUACAUUUCACUACCCCUAUAAAUUUUAACUCAUCAUGGUAUUGUAUAUGCUAAUCAAUUAUCUCGUGCAUGAUGUCUUUCGAUCUCUUUCGAUUUCGGGGUAAACAGCGGUAUUUCAGAGAUGAUGCGAACUUCCACCAUCUUAUUGCACGUCAUCAUAUUCUUAAAAUAACUACCAAUCAUCUUACGAGUUUUACAUAUCACAUUCUAAAUUCAAAUAUAGUAUGAUAAUUACAACAUUAUACUCACCAUAAAGACUUUUAUGUACAUGUUGUUUAAAUCAAGAACAUAUAUGUGUGUAUUUAGUAAAAUCACUUAACAAAUUUAGGAUUUUUAAAUUACAAAUGUAUUUUAUUUAUGUUUUAUAUGACGUAUAUGUAUAAAAGUAGUCCGCCAUAAAUUUUACAGUAGCUUAACGUUGCUUCUUACGCAGAUCUAAAAAUAGAUGUGAAAAAAACAACAUCAACAACAAAAAACUCAAUAUUUAGUUUUCCCUAGAAUUGUUUUACAGUGCGGGCGAAGAAAACAGGAGGUCGUCGGAAUCAACAGACGCUUUCAAUUAUAUUCUGUGUGAUAACAGACGCACUGACAUUUUUACAACAACCCAUGUGAUAUUGAACCAAUUUAGUGGUGUUGUGCAUAUGCAAACGGAGUUUUACCAUUUCUAUGCUUUAAGUACUGUUAAAAUAUGUUUUUAAUGUUGCUGUUGCUGGUGAUAUUAAUGUCUCAUAGCAGACGUUCUUUUUGUGUUAGAUAUAUUAAAUAUUACGUUGUUUUCAUUGUCGCAUCAGCCACAAGGGGAAUAAUUGGGUUGCUACAGACAGAUGCAGUUAGAUAAUGUUGUCAAUGCACCUUGAAUUUCAAUUCGAAUAUUUCCCAAGUGGUGUAGACUUCGCCUUUUAUUGUAUUACUAGAUAUAGUGUGCACAGCUAUCUUUUACAAGGCACAACCUAUCUAUUUCAAUAUGUAUUGAAAAUAUGUUCCUACCAAUAACAAAAAUUAUAUAUAUGUAAUAUAUAUAUAUAUAUAAAAAAAUAACAUUUUGUCUGCCCUAAGAACAUUUGGAGACAUAUUAGUAUAAAAACUAAACAUGAUUUGACAACAGCAGCUGAAGAAAUGUUAUGUUAACAAUUAAUUGCUUUUUUAACAACCGAGGCAGAAUAUAUGAGUUUAUAUUAAUUUAAUGCUAUAUAUACUUUACAUGGUUUGGACGAUAGUGAUAUUUUAUCUGCCUGUACAAACAGCAAACUACUUUUCUUACACUCACUUUCCUUGAUAUUUUUCUUCUCAGCCUAAAUGUCUUUGACUGCUGUUUACUGAAACAUUUUGGAAUAAUUUGACAUUUUCUUAAAAACCAUUUUUCCCUAACUUUACGGUAAUAAAAUGCUUUAAAUGUU